GUUGGUUAGUGUGAGAGCGAGGAGCGGCCCGGCUGCUCUCAUUCAUCCCGAUCACUGAAAAAAAAAACCACUCUCUAACAUCUAUCUAUAAAAACUCCCGGUAGACACACACCGACAGAUCCCCGUCACCGACACACCGGACAGACAGCCAUGCCGUGUCGGAAGGAGAACUACAUUUUUCUGGAGCAGUCCGUCACCGUCGACUCCAAAGAGGUGGACGCUUUGGUGACGAAGAUCGGCGAGGCUCUGCAGCUCCACAACAACAACAACACGACCGGCGGACACCCGAAGAAGACGGUGUCCGUGUCCAUGUCCUGUUUGCACGGGCUCACCGGGAGCAGUUGCACCGGUGGAGUGAAACCGGCGGCUCUCACCGGCUCCGUCGUCGCUCCGUCGUCGGUGCAGAUGCAGAAACAACGCCGGGGCUGCUGCAUGAGGCUGCGGGGACACCGGGGAAGCAGCCGGGCGAGCCCUUAUCACAUCCCCGGAUCUAGUGAGCAGGAGUGGGACCAAUUUAAAAAACCGUGGAACAGAAAUAGGAUGAGCGUGGAGGAGGACGACGACCCGCACCGGUUGCUCCAGGAGUUAAUUUUAUCGGGGAAUCUGAUCAAAGAGGCCGUGAGGAGGCUGCAGUUCUCGGCUGCAGACUGUGGAGAUUUCCCGCAGGCGACGGCGGACAAUGUGCCCUGCUGAUCUCCCCUAUGGAUGAACUCACACACACACACAUACACUGAUACUACACACACAUACACACACACACACACACACACACACACACACUGAUACUACACACACACGUGGACAUGUUCAAAUAUAAAUCUCACAGGACUUUGGUAGCUAUUGUUUUUCUAAUUUUCAUCAUUCAUUUUCAUCCAUUUGUACGUAGCGUCUGUCACGUUGCGUCAGUGUUGUUUAUGUUUGAAUGUCUCCUUGUUGUUGGAGGAGGAAGUGUUUUUUUUUUUUUUGAGGAGGGGGUGGGGGUGCAGUGGAGAUCUGAGCCACCAAAAUAUUCACUUUACAGACCUUUAAAAUCUGUACUCAAUUAGCCAAAGCAGGAAGUGAUUCACAUUUCACCUCCGUCUGAUUGGUUAAUGCUUCUAAUGUUUAAGGUGUAAAGUGGAAAAA